AUGUCUGAUAACGAUGACGAUUAUAUGUGCGAAGAAGAGGAGGAUUAUGGUCUGGAGUACUCUGAGGACAGCAAUUCUGAGCCAGAUGUAGAUCUUGAGAAUCAGUACUACAAUAGUAAAGCUUUGAAGGAGGAUGAGCCUAAUGCUGCGUUACUUAGCUUUCAAAAAGUUCUUGAGCUUGAAGGUGGGGAUAAAGGAGAAUGGGGUUUCAAGGCGCUCAAACAGAUGAUUAAAAUAAAUUUCAAAUUGAGUAACUUUGCAGAAAUGAUGACAAGGUAUAAGCAGCUUCUAACUUAUAUAAAAAGUGCUGUCACGAGGAAUCAUUCAGAAAAGUCUAUUAACUCAAUCUUAGACUAUAUCUCAACCUCUAGAAAUAUGGAACUUCUUCAAGACUUUUAUGAGACAACUCUAGAAGCUUUAAAAGAUGCUAAAAAUGAUAGGCUUUGGUUUAAAACUAAUACUAAGUUAGGCAAGUUAUACUAUGACCGUGGUGAUUUUAAUAAAUUAGCUAAGAUACUCAAACAGCUACAUCAGAGUUGUCAGACAGAUGACGGUGAAGAUGACCUCAAGAAAGGUACUCAAUUAUUGGAAAUCUACGCUUUAGAAAUUCAAAUGUACACAGCGCAAAAGAAUAAUAAGAAACUUAAGGCUUUAUAUGAACAAUCAUUGCAUAUUAAGUCUGCUAUACCACACCCACUUAUCAUGGGUGUUAUAAGAGAAUGUGGUGGCAAAAUGCACCUGCGUGAGGGUGAAUUUGAAAAAGCUCACACUGAUUUCUUUGAAGCUUUUAAGAAUUAUGACGAGUCUGGUAGUCCACGUCGAACAACCUGCCUAAAGUAUCUUGUGUUAGCAAACAUGUUAAUGAAAUCUGGUAUAAAUCCAUUUGAUUCUCAAGAAGCAAAACCUUAUAAGAAUGAUCCAGAGAUUCUGGCAAUGACUAAUUUAGUAAUGGCAUAUCAAAACAAUGAUAUCAAUGAAUUUGAAUCCAUACUUAAACAUAAUAGAAACAAUAUAAUGGAUGACCCAUUUAUUCGGGAGCAUAUAGAAGAUCUCCUGAGAAACAUCCGUACCCAAGUUCUAAUAAAACUUAUUGGCCCAUACACUAGAAUUCACAUACCAUUUAUAUCCAAGGAACUGAAUAUAGAUGAAAAAGAAGUUGAAAACUUACUUGUUACUUGUAUCCUCGAUAAUACUAUAAGCGGUAGAAUUGACCAGGUAAACUCAGUAUUAGAGUUGGCAAGUAGUGCGAGAGGUGCAACACGAUAUUCAGCACUUGAUAAAUGGACCACGCAGCUUGCUGGAUUACAUCUUGCGCUGGCCAACAAAUUGGCCUGA